AUGUCGUCCCCGGCGCUUCCUCUUCCUCCAACCCCAUCUGUGACGACGCCAAAGAUUGUGGAGGUGCUGAAGCCAGAGGUGAAGACGCUUGAGAGGGUUUUGGUGGAUUUUGUCUCUGCUGGUGCAGCGACAUUGGCGGUUGCGCCUGUUAUUUGUUUGAUCGAUCGGUAUGGAACUAUCUCUUUCUCCGCAGUUGCUUCGAAAUACAAACAGCAUUCCCAUGCGCAUCAUCAAUUCCUAUUCCCACAUGAACCACUCUUUCCACAGUCCCUAAACGUUGGCAACCUUCAGAGCGUUAUUGAGAAUGCCUCUGGACGAUCAAAAUCAGUGCUAGCGUCUGUAGGCACGUCAUUGAAGACGCUGUUCACUUCACCUCACAAGUUUAUUUUCUCGAAACCGUUUGCGCUGAUCUAUCUCACAUACUGCGGAACGUAUCUUUCGGCAAACAUGGUUGACACAAUAGCCUCUAUCCGGGACGGGACUGACAUCAAGAGCGUUACCGCCGGCCCAGAGAAGUUUGCAACUACCUCGAUUGUAAACAUGAGUCUCGGGCUCGUAAAAGACCGAUCCUUCGCGCGCAUGUUCGGCACCGGUUCCCCACGACCUGUUCCAGCUCCUACGUUUGUCCUGUUUGCUGCCAGGGACGCAAUGACGAUCUUUUCCUCUUUCAACGUUCCCCCACUCCUCGCUCCGUAUAUGCCACAGGACAUGCUUAUGAAGCCGGAGAGUUGGGCACAAUUCUUAGCACCGGCGAGUUGUCAGAUCCUCAGCACGCCGCUUCAUCUUCUAGGGCUGGACCUAUACAAUCGGGGGAAUGUCAGUUGGAAGGAGAGGUGUAAGGUGAUAAAGACGAAUUACUUUCCAAGUGCGAUGGCACGGAUGUGCCGCAUUCUACCUGCGUAG